AAACUAAUAGGACAACUGGCUGUUAUGUAUAAAAAAAUCAAAAAAUGUUAUUUUCCAGCUGUUCUGCUAAAUUGUAUGUUUUUCUUAUAUAUUACAUUAAGCAUUGAAUUGUUGUUUUCAGCAUCUACUGAAUGCGUGUUCUCUGACGCUAAGGAAGGACGCCUGUAUACUGCAGCAGAAGGGCAGACACUGUGUUUUUCUCUAGCAAAUACAGCAAAUGCCACUAAUACAGAGGUAACACUGAAAAAAGAUGACAAAUAUCUGAUUUUUAAAGUCAAAAACCGCUUGGUCACUCUGAAAGGGGAGUAUGCACAAUCACACAGCCAGGUUGUGCCCAAAAUCACCAACAGUGGAGCCAUCAACCUCGGUAAAGCAACAAAGAGCCACUCUGGAAAAUACACGUUGGAAAUAUUCCUAUCCAAUGGAACUUUGCAGAACAAAGUCACUGUUCAUCUAAAUGUACAAGCUCCAGUGUCAAAGCCAAACGUGUCACAGACGUGUUUGUCACCAGAACAGUCUGUCGUCUGCUGCUCCACUGAGGGAGACGGAGUAGAGUUCAUUUGGAGUUUGGACAACAACAUAUUAGAACAGACCAGAGCUGAGAGCACAAAUAAACCAACAUCCGAGGUUUCCAAUGUCACCAUCAGCUUACACGGCCAGCUCACUGGAAACUUAGCAUGUAUCACUCAGAACGACAUCAGCAGAGAACAAACUGUGAUCCAGCUCAGGAGCUGUAGAGCUCCAGUGUCAAAACCAGAGGUGUCGCAGACGUGUUUGUCACCAGAACAGUCUGUCGUCUGCUGCUCCACUGAGGGAGACGGAGUAGAGUUCAUUUGGAGUUUGGACGACAACAUAUUGAUACAGACCAGAGCUGAGAGCACAAAUAAACCGACAUCUGAGGUUUCCAAUGUCACCAUCAGCUUACACGGCCAGCUCACUGGAAACUUAGCAUGUAUCACUCAGAACGACAUCAGCUCAGAACAAACUGUGAUCCAGCUCAGGAGCUGUAAAGGUUCCAUUCACCCUCCUUCUUUCACUGUGACUGUCGCUGUGAUAGGCAGCGUAUGCGCUUUGCUUCUGCUUCGGGCUCUGAUUCUUUAUGUAAGACACUUACAUAAGACUCCAAGACCUGUGGCUGUAGAAGAUAAUGCUGAAUAUGAAAUUGUCUGCUAUACUGUAACAAUGACGCCUGCAAAGGAAAGAAGACUGUAUGCAAAGUAGCAAUGUGCAGGUAAUAAAUGGCUUUGCAGAUCCUGCACCUUAGUCGUGUCAUUUCUGCUUCCGGUUUUAUUUUGUUACUUCCUGUCAUCCUCCUGUCUGUUUGCUCAUUGCUGCUUUAGUCCCGGUCACAUGAUUCACCAGCUGCAGUCUAUCAGUAGUUUUACCUUGUACUUAAGCACCAGUAUUCUCCUAGUCAAGCUGCCAGAUUGUCUGCG